UCCGACACGUCACUGCUCCUUGCUCAGAGGGGGGCGGAACCGCUGGUCCUCCGACGGGGGCGGAGCCGCUGAUCAUCCGCGGCGGAGCAACAUCGUUCAAGCGAGGAACCCUCGUCCAGCGUGGCACUAUCCUCCACGGGAAGUCAACUCUUUCCGGAUUUACACCGCGAUACAUUUCGAUUGUUUUCCAAACUCAGUCCCCGUCGUUGCUCGUGUAAUUGGCUGGGAUCCGUGCGAGUGAUCCAUAAGAACCAGAGAUCCUAGACCGACCGGACCGCUCGGUACCCGGGAGAGCCUCUCCUCGGGUCCGCGUCCUGAAAUGGACACUGGAAUUGUCCCUGAAAAGAAAAGGGUGAGCUCGGACCGCAGGAAGGAGAAGUCUCGGGAUGCGGCGCGCAGCCGGCGGGGGAAGGAGUCGGAGGUGUUCUACGAGCUGGCCCAGGAGCUGCCCAUGCCCCACAGCGUCCGGGCCAACCUGGACAAGGCCUCCAUCAUGAGGCUCACCAUCAGCUACCUGCGCAUGAUGAAGCUGCUCGGCACCGAUGGGCCCGUGGCGGAGGCGGCCCCGGAGGAGAGUGAGCUGGGGGCCCGGCUGAGCGGCUCCUACCUGAAGGCCCUGGAGGGGUUCCUCAUGGUGCUGUCGGAGGACGGAGACAUGAUCUACCUCUCAGAGAACGUCCACAAGUGCCUGGGCCUGGCACAGUUUGACCUGACCGGGCAGAGCGUGUUCGACUACACGCAUCCGUGUGACCAGGAGGAGUUGAGAGAGAUGUUGGUCCACAAAACAGGCUCCAAGAAGACCAAGGAACCCAGCACCGAGCGCACCUUCUUCCUCCGCAUGAAGUGCACCCUCACUAGCAGGGGCCGCACCGUCAACGUCAAGUCGGCCACCUGGAAGGUGCUCCAGUGCUCCGGCCACGUGCGCGUGUUCAAACCCCCUGCGGAGGAGGAGAAGGCCCCACCCUCCAGGCCCCCGGUGCCCUACCUGGUGCUGAUCUGUGACCCCAUCCCGCACCCCUCCAACAUCGAGGUGCCCCUGGACACCAAGACCUUCCUGAGCCGACACACGCUGGACAUGAAGUUCACCUACUGCGACGAGAGGAUAACAGAGUUGAUGGGCUACGACCCGGAACACCUGAUGAACCGCUCUGUGUACGAGUACUACCACGCCCUGGACUCGGACCACCUCACCAAGACCCACCACAACCUGUUCGCCAAGGGGCAGGUCAGCACGGGGCAGUACCGCAUGCUGGCCCGGGGGGGGGGCUUUGUGUGGGUGGAGACGCAGGCCACCGUCAUCUACAACAACAAGAACUCCCAGCCGCAGUGUGUGGUCUGCGUCAACUUCGUGCUCAGCGGUAUCCAGGAGGAGAAGCUGAUCUUCUCUCUGGAGCAGACGGAGGACCUGAAGCCGGUGAAGGAGGAGAAGAAAGGGCCGCAGGAGGUAGAGGAGGAGGAGGAGCAGGAGGAGGAGCAGGAGGAGAUUGAGCAGGAGGAGGUGAUGGAGACGGUGUGCCAUGCCGACGAGACUAUUGUCCAGGCCGCGACUCUCCAGGCGCUGCCCAGCGAGGAGAAGCCUCCAGAGGUGGACGUUGUUCAGAUCUUCACGCAGGCCCCUGAGGGCCCGCCCCUGGUCAGCCUGUACGACCAGCUGAAGGAGGAGCCCGAGGCCCUCACCCUGCUGGCCCCGGCCGCGGGAGACACCUUCAUCUCCCUGGACUUCAGCUGCCCUGACUCCGAGAUGAACCUUCUGGAGGACGCGCCUCUCUACAACGACGUGAUGCUUCCCUCCACCAGUGAGCACUUGGCCCUGCCUCUGACUGACCUGACCCCCAGUGAGUCCCCCCGCUCAACCCCCAGCUCCCCCGCAGAGCAAGAGGUGCCCUGCGGCCGAGCCGGCGGCCACACGCAGGCCAGCAGCCCCCCGGUGCCCGACAGCCCCCUGAACCUAGGCUUCCCCGGGGACAUGGAGCUCAGCUCGGACUUCGACCUGGUCGAGAAGCUGUUUGCCGUCGACACGAAGCCCAAGACCCCUUUCACGACCCAGGCCAUCGAGGACCUGGACCUGGAGAUGCUGGCGCCCUACAUCCCCAUGGACGACGACUUCCAGCUGCGCUCGCUGGCCCCUGACGAGCACCUGCCCUGCGAGCCGCCGCCGGUUCGGCCGCCGGCCACCUCCGCACCGCUCCACAGCUACCUGAGCUCACCCUCGGGCCGCACGGGGGGCCCCGGGCCCCUGGGGCCGGUGACCACGCCCAACGCGGCCCCCCUGCUCUCCAAGAGGAACCCGCAGCUGGAGACGGAGGUGUCUCUGAAGAUGCUGGCCGCCGUGAACGCCCAGCGCAAGAGGAAGCUGGGCGACGUCCCGCUGACGGAUGUCUUUGCAGCGGGGGCAUUGCUUCAGGGCCCGUGUGAGCAGGGGAAGAAGCUGAAGGUGUCGGAGGUUCCUGUGAUGCUCUCCCAUCGCUACGUCCUGCUGCUGCCGUCAGACCUGGCCAGCCUCCUCCUGGGCCCCUCCUCGGAGGGCGGCAGCCCGGCCAUCACCCUGCCCCAGCUCACCCGCUACGACUGCGAGGUCAACGCGCCCGUACAAGGGCGCCAGCUCCUGCUGCAGGGGGAGGAGCUUCUGCGAGCUCUGGACCAAGUCAACUAGGCACACGCUUAAAGCCCUCUUCCUGCCGGCCCGGACCGGACACUACGGUUUAGCCCCCCCCUUCCCUUCGCCAGCUCUACUCGCCCUUAUUUAUGUGUCUGUAUGUUGGAUAGGAGAGUGGCCGCCUGGUCCCCCGUUUCUUCAGCGUUCCACCGCGGUGAAAGACCCUCACAGGGUCUCUGGUGCAGGGUGGAGGGCCAGGGGGUGGGACAGGAGUUACUGCCAGCAGUAUAUUGUAAGCUUAAGUCGCACAAUUUAUAUUUUCCUAAAAAAACUAUAACCAGCAAUAUAUAUAUAUAUAUAUAUAUAUAUAUAUAUAUAUAUAUAUAUAUAUAUAUAUAUAUAUAUAUAUAUAUAUAUAUAUAUAUAUAUAUCUAUAUACACACACACCUUAACCGAAUGUCUUUGGUCCCCCAGUAUGAGCAUAUUGAACGUUGUAUACCAUAAAUGUUUAUCUGUGUCUGAAGCAAACACGUUUGUGUAGAUGUUCAGUUCUGUCACUUUAUUUCUUUACUGUAAGUGUGUAUUACUGUGCAUAGCCAGGAAAAAAAAGUAAAAUUUCCGCAUUUGGGCAGUCGCUCAAAAUUUAGAUGAGGGGCGCUUCAUUUUUCAAUCAUGUACGGUCUGCGAUUAUUUUGGUCAAGAAAAUAAUCUGUUUUUACUUUGAAAUGAAUAAAUCUGUAAUUUGGUAAUUUUUGCGAGUUAAAGAAACAAUAGAAAUGUUAAGAGUAAGAUGGAGCUUUAAACUGCUGAUUCUCAUCCAUUUAAGGAGGCCAUGACUUGUCAGCCGGCCAUCCGAGUUCUCAGUCCUCAGGACGGUUCUUCCCAUUCGGUCUGAACGCACCAUCGCUCCAGUCAUUUAAAGGACGCUAUGUUUGUAAAUGUUCAUUUAUUUGAAACGUGGGAUCAUGGUCUCAGUAGCAUUUGUGGCUUCUCCAACUCGUCCACUCAAUCUGAGUAGUUUAUACCGUUAGUUCAAUCUGCAGUGUGGGUCUGUCCUGUUUCUUGCUAGUGUCUAACAUUAAAUUGCUUUGUCGAAAAUAUAUACUGUCUUGCACUUUGAUUGGUAUGACAUAUCUGUACAGUAUUAUUACCAUGAACAACAAGGUAGGCUUACAUCCUACAGCUUCCCAAUGAAAUGAUACAGAAUGAUUGCCAACAACAAUAACAAAAAUGUUUUCACUUCAAAACAUUUAAAAAAACGACUUGUGUUCUUGAGUUGUGACGGGUGUCCGAUGGCUCCGGUCUGGGAGGAAUCUGUCCGUCGAGUCACGAGUUCAGACCUCGUCCUUCGGUCCUCCCGCCCCUACUCGGGCAGGAGAGGAGUGAACGCUCGUAAUGAUCACUCCCCUCCUGCCCCCCCCCCCCCGGUUAGGAGAGGAGUGAAAGCUCUCAGCGGUCACUCUGCAUACUCGGGUGUUAUCUGCAUCCUCAGCUGCUCCUGUCCCCGCUGGACCAGCAUGGAGAUGGUGUUGCGGCUGCGCACCGCCUGGUAGAUCUCCUCUGAGGUGUUCACUUUAGUGCCGUCGAUCUCGACCACCACGUCCCCCGGCUGCAUGCCGGCUCUGAGAGAAAAUACUAUUAUUAUACGGUAGCCUGGACGUGGACCAUGGGUGGGUUGAAUACAUUCCUCAAGUUGGUUACAAAAAGCCUGACAAUUUGCGGGUCUGCAUUGUCAAAUGUCAUUACAAAACAUUUGUGGCCCAUUUGUUUCCAUUUAAGUCGGGGUCUCCUACUAAAUAACUUCCUUUAAUAAGCUGUUACUAUUUAGGGGGUAAGAUCUAGCACGGUUGACAUUUACAUUUAGCAGACGCUUUUAUCCAAAGCGACUUAGAAUGAGUAAAUUUGUCAGAAGAAACAAAAUAUUGCUGUCUGUACAGUAAGGUUGUUCCUAGAACCAAGUGACGAGCACUAACAAUUGCUAGGUUAUCACAUUCCCUGUGUACUACAAAGAUGGCUAGGAUAAGGUGCUACAUAAUACUAAGUACUAUUUUUAAGUGCAAUGAGGUACAGCAUACAAUAAGUGCUUAGUUUAACUUUUCAUCUGUAUGGACAAGUUCCUCUGUGAAGGCAAACUCUUGAUGUCUAUCACUGUUGGAUCUGUUUAUUAAAGUGCGACCAGUGAAUUGUGACGCCAUGCUUACUUGUUUGCUGGUGAGCCCGUGAUGACCCUGUGGAUCAGUAUUCCAUGAGUGACUUCUGGGAAGAGGGAAUCUCGCAGCUUUAACUCCGCAAUGAUACUGCACAAGCAAAGAGACCAGAUGACACAAAACACUCAGCAGAGUGUGAACACAUCCCUUCGGCCACGAUGGCUUGAAGUAUUACCUUGGUAUCAGGGUCAGCAUCAUCACUCCAAUAUACUUCCGCCUGCUGUCUGAUUGGCCAAACUUAGAUCCUGGCAGGUACAACAACAAAGUUAGAUUCUGUAUAAAAUGGGAUUAUAGUUAUAAACUUUAUGGGUGUUAUGAGAGUCUUAUUAACAGACCGUUUUUUCUUUUUAUUGCUUCCUCAUCUAUCAAAGAAAACAUGCUGUGACCUUCCUAUGGAAGAGGAACUGCUAGUGGCUAACGUCAUCAUACAUAGACGGCACACAAACAAAGUGACAUUCUUUUACAUCCUUGAGUACUCCAUCAUCAACUCACUCUUCUGCUCUGCCGAUUUGUCCAGGAACAGCUUGACGUGGUCAGAGGGGAUGGCGAAGGAGAUCCCAGGAGUGACCUUCAUGGUGUUUAUCCCAAUCACCUCCCCGUCCUGGUCCAGACAAUACAAAAGUAUCUUAAGCGUAAAUAUGUUGGGAAAGACCUAAUAUACUUCUGUAGUUAACUCGAUAGCUUUUCUUUGGUAUGUGAUGCUUUGAUCUGUCACUCACCAGGUUAAUGAGGGGGCCUCCUGAGUUCCCAAACUGCAAAACACAAAUCGGUUGAAUGCUUACUAUAAACCGACGAAUACGCAAAAACAUAUUCACAAUCAAACGCACGCAGCACCGGGUGUCAGACCCCGCAUCACCACACAGCAUGGGGCUCCAACUGCAUUGAACCCUUGACUGUAAACAAACACAGUUGACCACUGAACCAAAUUAGCGCAGCCAAUCGGGACAGUUUAACGUCAUGGCUUACACCUGCGGGCCACUGUAACUCUGCUUCACACCCCAAUAUACCCGUCAUACGACUUACAUCAAUGGCCGCAUCCGUCUGGAUGUAGUCCAUGUUGGAGUUGGAAAGGCCCAGCUCCUUACUGCCUCUCUGGGCAGAGCUCACGAUGCCCGAUGUGAUCGUGUUGCGCAGGGCGAACGGGCUGCCCAUGGCGACAACAAACUCUCCCUGGCGGACAUCCGAGGAGCGUCCGAAGGGUAGGGUGGGCAAAGGAUGCUGGAGCCAAAAGUGGGAGGGACAAUGUGAGUAUGUACCUAUGUUAUAUGAGAUCAGCAGCCUUGGAAAUGCGUAACAGAUUUGAAAAGCGUUGUGGUUGUUCACCUUCGCAGUGAUUUUAAUGGUGGCAAUGUCAGCCACUUGGUCGACAUCCUGCACGGUGGCGUUGUACGUUUCUCCGUUGGUCAGCUUGACACGCACGCCUCUCUUGUUGGCGACAACAUGGGCAUUGGUGACGAUGAGACCGUCACUGGUGAUGAUGAAGCCCGAACCAUUCGACACAGGGACCUCUCUCCCGGAAAAUGGGUGCCUAUACAAAAAAAUGGACGGUAAAACACCUUACGUCUGAAGAUAAACAUCACCCUGAAACAAGGUCAUCCAUCCUGAAACCAAAAAGCGACGAGCGUGUUUUCUCUCAAGCAACGCAUCACACAUAUCAAUACAUUGGAAUUUGGAAAAAGCACAUAACACAUGACUAUUAAAUAUGAAGAUGUUCGGAUGCCAACUUACCUGCCGACAAUUUCAAUGUACACCACAGCUGGAGUCGACUUCUCUACUACGUCAGCAAUGAAGUUGUACUUGUACCGGGGGCUAUCCGGUUUGUACGGGGAGGCGCACCAGGCAGAUCGAAGGACUGGUCCGAGAAUGGAGCUGGAGAGAGAUACUGUCCCGUCGUCCACCCCCUCCCCCGAGUCCCAAAGUCCGGCAAAACCGAGUCCCAAACCAAGUCCCAAACCGGCGGCGACCGAGGUUCGAACGCUUCGCCCCCCAGGAGCGUCGCGACCACUUCCUGUAGUUCUGGUCGGGCGUCUCGUGUCCAGAACAUGCCUUAUGUCAUUUCCUGCAUGUACUCUAUCAAAUAUUAAACUAGACACACUGGACAUAGUUCUUUCAGUUUGCAAGGGGGAUCCACAUUUAUUGCUUACCAAGAAAACAAAACGAUUGACACCGCGUGAUGCCAUAUUACAUCCCGACCCUGAGCAGACUUCUCCAGAUUAAUUAACCGAAUAUUAAUCGAACCGGAUUAAACCGCGAGGUAGUAAAGGUGCAACUACAGAACCAAACCGUCUCAGCGUACUUCCUUGUAGUUUGUUGAAUAACUGUAAACCAUGAGUAACCGACAAAGUAUGAAUCUGCUCCCUUGACAUGUGUGACACGCAUGCGCAAUAUGACACCUUAAUGAGGCACAUUCAGGAGCAUAAUGUUUAUCUACGGCUUUGCAAAUAUAAUUAAUAAAACGGUGAACAGCUUUGACACGAAAAUACCAGCCUCAAUUCGACUAUUGACCGUAAAAAUCAUGAAUUCUUCCAAAUAUUGUUUCAGAGUUCACGAAACAAUGGUAAUAGUUUAUUUCUUUAUUUUUUAGAAAUAAUGAUACACAUAUAGCACCAACAAAAUGAAACCAGCUGCUGAGAAACUGAAAACUCUUCCUGAAAACAUGCUCCUCCUAAAAAUAAACGUUACUUUAUCAUUUAUUUUGAGCUCGGUUGGAUUGUGAACAUACACACCUGACGUCACAGCGGAUGUGUUUACGGACGUGACGUAGAUAAUUCGAGCGGCUAAAAUUUGAAAGUUAUUGGCGAGUUUAGCAGUCAGGUAACCGGAGAUUACUUUAAUAGGGAUUUGUUAAUUCAUAGUGAGAUAAAUAAACUGUUUGCUAACAUCAUCGACGCAGGGAGCUGGACUCAAAAGUUGGACCAGAAACGUUGACGCAGGUCCAUCUCGUGAGGAGUAGCGGAACACGGACUUCAUCUCGAGCUAAACCAAUAACGCACCAGUGGCUUUAGAAGAUACCUCGGAACUGAUAAACGCUAUUCAGAAAAUGUGUCAAUAAUCAAAAACCGUAUGCAAAGACAUGUCGACGUUUAACUCGACAAUAAUCGAAGCCGGUCGAUAUUGCUUUCAGCAGCAGAGAGACGGUCGGGACCGGAGGCUCCACACGCACCCGCAACGCCGCGAGCUCCACUCCACGGCCAUCGAUGACGGACACACGUCUCCCAGUCUCUUGCAGUCGAGUAUGUAUGGUGGUUCGGUCACAGGAUGGGAUCAAGACCUUUUCCCCACCUCGAAACGGAUGAAGUCGCACGUUCGCCCGAGAUCACAAUUUCAGUCUCCUGCGAAAGUCUUUUCGAAACUGAAAGCCAGUGUUGGUAGGGACACUGGCGGGAUGAAAACAUAUGAGAAAGAUGGAUCGGUUCUUCCGACGACGAGUGAAGGAGCAGCGAACACGCAGGAGGCGAAGACAAACGAGACCAGUACCUUCGAUCCUAUUGGUGCAGAAGCCAUGAUCAUCUACCCAACUAAGUCCCCUCAGCAUAAACCGACCAAGUCCUUCCUCCACUGCACCAAGUACAGAGUGCCGUCCCCAAUUAGGGACACACGACACGGGUUGAUUAAGAGGAAUGAGUAUACCCCAGUAAAAAACCCUGGUCAGGUGACACAACAAGUACCGCUGUCUAACAAGUCCAUGAUGUUAAGAUCAUCCAAAAACGUUUUCAGAACUCCAGCAAUAGGGCAACCACAACAAUUGAUCCAUUACGAAAGUGGCGGAAGAC